GGAAGGGAGAGAAAAGGGACCAUAGAGACGGCGCGAUGGGGACGCUGGUCAGAGAAGAAUUAGUCGACCUGGAAGUAAUGAAGCCUUUAAUAGAAGACCAGAGUUCCGACGAAGAAUAUGACAAUGAAACAGAUUUACUGCCGGCAGAGAAGAAAUAUCAGCUUGAUCAGGAAGGCAUUACAUUUGUUCAAACGCUCACUCACAUCCUUAAAGGAAACAUUGGGACAGGACUUCUGAGCCUCCCUCUUGCAAUGAAAAAUGCAGGCAUUCUGGUUGGACCCAUCAGUCUUCUCUUCAUUGGAAUUAUAUCUGUUCACUGCAUGCACAUUUUGGUACGAUGCAGCCAGUAUCUAUCUGUCAGGUUAGUAUGUAGCUCUCUUAUUUUGUCGAUGUCGCUUCUGCCCUUUAAAAUCCACCUGCCAAAUAUUAUCAGCCUAUAUUUCUAUUGUAUUGUUUUGCUCUGUACUAUGUGGAUUAAUGGAGUCAGAUGUGUUGUUGACUUCUUCCUUGUGGUUACCCAGUUGGGCUUUUGUAGCGUUUAUUUUGUAUUCUUAGCUGAAAAUAUGAAACAAGUUUUUGAAGGAUAUGCUCAAAUGAAAUCGUAUGCUACGAAUACCACGGGAACCGCUGGCCCCUCGGACAGAAGGACCAUCGAUCUGAGAAUAUACAUGUUAUUUUUUCUUCCGUUUAUAAUGCUCUUGGUUUUCAUUCGGGAUCUCAGGCAACUGUCUGUGUUCUCAUUCCUGGCAAAUGUAGCCAUGGCUGUCAGCUUGAUCAUUAUUUAUCAUUAUGUUAUAAAGGGUUUAUCUGAACCUCGAAAACUGAUCCUGGUGGCUGGUUGGAGCAGGUAUCCCCUUUUCUUUGGCACAGCUAUUUUUGCAUUUGAAGGAAUAGGAGUGGUGCUCCCCAUCCAGAAUAGGAUGAAAGAAGUUGACCGCUUCCCAAUGGUGCUCAACGUUGGCAUGGGAAUUGUGAUGACCUUGUAUGUUUCAUUAGCCACCCUGGGAUACGUACGCUUUGGGGACGAAAUCAAAGCCAGCAUUACUCUCAACCUGCCACAAGAUCGAUGGGUGCUAUAGCGAUAUCCAUCCCCCGUCUGGACAUCGUGAUCUCGCUGGUUGGCGCCGUAAGCAGCAGCACGUUGGCCUUGAUCAUGCCUCCGUUGAUUGAAAUCCUCACCUUUUACAAGGAGAAGCUAAGCAGAUGGGUGAUCUUCAAAGACGUUUCCAUCGCCCUCCUUGGCGUGAUCGGUUUCAUAGCUGGCACCUACGUGAGUGUGAAAGAGAUUAUCUGCCCCACAACUUUGCUUUUUGAGAAUGCCACGGUUAGUUCAGCAAGUUGCUUCAACACUUCCCACUUGGCCAAGGGGCCCAAUUAACGCCAGAAGAUUGUGGGCCUCUUGAAUUUCAUAACAGAUGCGUGUUUGCAAAACCAAAGAGAUUCCAGAUGGGCAGGUUUUGAAAAAGAGAAGGAUUGGAGGAAGGAUAUUUUUCCCCCUCCCUCCACCAAAAUCUGCUCCUGUGGAAGAUACGACUUAUUCAAGAUUUUUCUUCCCUUCCGUUCAAGCAUCAUGGACUGCUACGUAUUUCUUUGCAAACGGGACCAGAAAGAACACUUCUUGAUAUCAUGUUUGGACAUCUCACAUUGAGAGAAUAAUCCCUGCCAACUUCCUUAUUUAAAGUUGUCAGUCUUUUGAGAGCCCCUCUGCGUAACUUCAGAGAUUAACAAGGUUUUAUGCAAAAAUGGGGAUAUCGUCCGUUUCUCUCUGCGUGUAAUGUGUAAAUUUUAUGUUUUGAAUUUUAUGUGUCUACUGGAAAGACAAGGAGAAAUGCUUUCUGGUGG